UUCAUGCACGCUCCCUAAUAUCCAAAGAGCAUAUAAUCACUAAGUUCUACUAUUAUCAUUACGAUUUAUGUGCUGUGAUGUUAUGAUAUUCAAAACUUAAGUUUUCUGUAUUUAUUUUUGGCAACAAAAGAAUCAUGAUGAACAUGUGUAGAACUUGCCUCGGAACUCCUGCUAACAAACUUAUUUCGGACCUAGGAAAGGGCUUGAAAUGGAGCAAUAAAAACUGCUUCGAGAUAAUCGCGUUUUGCUUAGAUGUCGAGGUCACCAAAGAUUCUAAAAUAACAACGAAUUUAUGCAGCAAGUGUUACAGAAAAAUCAUAACAUUAUACAAGUUUAAAGCCCUGUCUUUAAAAAAUGACUCAUAUCUGAAGUCUCUUUAUCCAGUUGUACAGUUAAAUGGUCAGAAACUAUCUGUGUAUGUUGAUGAGAACGGAAUUAAACACGAGAAUUUUCUAGAACCUGAUGAAUUUGGUCCAAGUUUAGUAGAAGACUGUAAUGAGGAGCUUAAAAUAGAAAUAGAUGUUAAGACAGCUGACUCACAAGAAAAUCUAGAAGUAGAUGUUAAAAAUGAAGACACUUUAGAAGCUAUAGAGCCAGAUGAAUCAAAUGAUGAGCCUUUACAUGUUGUUCAAAAAGAUAAAUAUGAUAAUAUUAAGAAUACCAAAGGAAAAGUAAAAAAGAAACGUAGCCGUCCAGGAAGAGUAAAAUCACAAAAAAAGCAUAAUUCUAAUCAUGAACUGCAAGUGUGCGAAGAGUGUGGAAAAUCUGUGCGUAACCUCAAAGACCACACCCUUCAGCAUCUGCCAAGGGAUCAGCGCCCGAGGGUGCAGUGCAAGGCAUGUCCUAAGACCUUUGCCACCUUAAGCGGCCGAUACAACCAUUACAAAUAUGCUCAUUUAGGCCUCAAACCUAAAUGUGAUAUUUGUAAUAAAGAGGUGAGAUGUCUGAACGUGCACAAGAUGCAAGUGCACAACCCAAAUGCUCUUCCAUAUAGCUGUGUAUCAUGCGAGCGCCGCUUCGUGACGCAGUCCGCGCUCGAUGUACACAUGGUCGCGCACACUAUGGACCCCAAAUUUGAGUGUAAUAUCUGUCAGAAGAAAUUCCGCAUGAAGCAUCUUGUUUUAAAACAUAUACGGAAGAUCCAUGAGAAUGAAAAGAAUUAUCAAUGUGAUGUGUGUGCUAAGCCUUUUUUCGAAAAAGUAUUACUUCAGAGACAUGCAAAGACGCACUCGGAGAAGCGCCUGUACAACUGCAACGACUGUGGCCUAGCCCUCAAGACGAAGGAUACACUGAGGAACCACCUCCUGCUCCAUCGCAGUAACAAGGACUAUCCGUGUGAACUGUGCAGCAAGAGCUUCCAAAAACUCGACUACUUGAGGGUCCACAUGGUGACCCACACGAAGGAGAAGCGUUACGAGUGCCGCUACUGCAGCGCGCGCUUCGGCCGCGCGCACCACCGCAGCCGCCACGAGGCCACCGCGCACCAGAAACAGCUAAAAGACAAAUAAACGAUCAUU